UUUUCAGGUCACCAACCAGUUUCUCAAACAAUUAGGUCUACAUCCUAACUGGCAAUUUGUUGAUGUAUAUGGAAUGGAUCCUGAACUCCUUAGCAUGGUGCCAAGACCGGUGUGUGCAGUGCUGCUUCUCUUCCCUAUUACAGAAAAGUAUGAAGUAUUCAGAACAGAAGAAGAGGAAAAGAUAAAAUCUCAGGGACAAGAUGUUACAUCAUCAGUAUAUUUCAUGAAGCAAACAAUCAGCAAUGCCUGUGGAACAAUCGGACUAAUCCAUGCUAUUGCCAACAAUAAAGACAAGAUGCACUUUGAAUCUGGAUCAACCUUGAAAAAGUUCCUGGAGGAGUCUGCAUCAAUGAGCCCCGAGGAACGAGCCAGAUACCUGGAGAACUAUGACGCUAUUCGAGUUACCCAUGAGACCAGUGCCCAUGAAGGGCAGACUGAGGCACCAAAUAUAGAUGAAAAAGUAGAUCUUCAUUUUAUUGCGUUAGUUCAUGUAGAUGGGCACCUCUAUGAAUUAGAUGGACGGAAACCAUUUCCAAUUAACCACGGGGAAACUAGUGAUGAAACUUUAUUAGAGGAUGCCAUAGAAGUUUGCAAGAAGUUCAUGGAACGUGACCCUGAUGAGCUGAGGUUCAAUGCCAUUGCUCUUUCUGCAGCAUAGCUUGUCCAGAAGGGAAGCACCAAAUACUGUAUUAUUUGCAACAAAGUUCAAUUUCUUCUCCCAUACACUAACUCAAAAAUUUUGAUAUUUUCAUUAACUUGACUGAUUAAACUUUAUGUGAAUUAAA